GGGGGUCCGCGCGUGCGCAGAGCGUUCCCCGGGGCGGGGGGGCGAACCUUUCGAUCGCCCCGCGGCCGCGCGCGCGCCCGAGCAGCUAAAGUCCGCGGUGGGCUCGGCGCGGCGGCGCGCGCCAGGGGGCGUUCCCGCGCGGCCGGCCCCGCCCUCUCUCGGCGCUGAGCUAUCCUCCCAGUUUCCCCCGCGGUUCCUGCACUGAGGUUGUCGCCGGCGCGUCCCCUAUCCCGCGGCUCGCUAGCCCUGCCGGUGCCAUGGCGGCCUUCAGCAAGUACUUGACGGCGCGGAACUCCUCGCUGGCGGGGGCCGCGUUCCUGCUGCUCUGCCUACUCCAUAAGCGGCGUCGUGCCCUCGGCCUGCACGGUAAGAAAAGUGGAAAACCGCCAUUACAGAAUAAUGAGAAAGAAGUAAAGAAAGAGCGGGCUGUGGUGGACAAAGUGUUUUUAUCAAGGCUCUCACAGAUCCUAAAAAUUAUGGUACCUAGAACAUUUUGUAAAGAGACAGGCUACUUGGUGCUGAUUGCUGUUAUGCUGGUGUCUCGAACAUACUGUGAUGUCUGGAUGAUUCAAAAUGGGACGCUGAUUGAAAGUGGCAUCAUUGGUCGUAGCAACAAGGAUUUCAAGAGAUACUUGUUCAACUUCAUCGCUGCCAUGCCUCUUAUCUCUCUGGUUAACAACUUCUUGAAGUAUGGGUUAAAUGAGCUCAAACUGUGCUUCCGAGUAAGGCUCACUAGGUACCUCUAUGAGGAGUAUCUCCAAGCUUUCACCUAUUAUAAAAUGGGCAACCUGGAUAACAGAAUAGCAAAUCCAGACCAGCUGCUUACACAGGAUGUAGAAAAAUUUUGUAACAGUGUAGUUGAUCUGUAUUCAAAUCUUAGUAAGCCAUUUUUAGACAUAGUUUUAUAUAUUUUCAAGUUAACAAGUGCAAUUGGAGCUCAGGGCCCCGCAAGCAUGAUGGCCUACUUGCUUGUUUCUGGGCUAUUCCUAACUCGGCUCAGAAGACCCAUUGGUAAGAUGACAAUUAUGGAGCAGAAGUACGAAGGAGAAUACAGAUAUGUUAAUUCACGGCUUAUCACUAAUAGUGAAGAAAUUGCCUUUUACAAUGGGAAUAAACGAGAAAAGCAGACAAUCCACUCAGUCUUCCGAAAAUUGGUGGAACACCUGCAUAAUUUCAUCUUCUUCCGGUUUUCUAUGGGUUUCAUUGAUAGCAUCAUUGCCAAAUAUGUUGCCACUGUAGUCGGGUACCUGGUUGUCAGUCGCCCGUUCCUAGAUCUGGCACAUCCUCGCCAUCUUCACAGUACACAUUCGGAGCUGCUAGAGGAUUACUACCAAAGUGGAAGAAUGCUUUUGAGAAUGUCUCAAGCUUUGGGUCGUAUAGUUUUGGCUGGCCGUGAAAUGACUAGAUUGGCUGGUUUUACGGCUCGGAUUACAGAAUUAAUGCAAGUACUAAAGGAUUUAAAUCAUGGCAAAUAUGAACGUACAAUGGUGUCACAACAGGAGAAGGGUAUUGAAGGAGCACAAGCUGGUCCCUUGAUACCUGGUGCUGGAGAAAUCAUCAAUACAGACAACAUUAUAAAGUUUGAUCAUGUUCCUUUAGCAACACCAAAUGGCGAUAUCUUGAUCCAAGACCUUAGUUUUGAAGUUCGAUCUGGGGCCAAUGUUCUCAUUUGUGGUCCAAAUGGCUGUGGAAAGAGUUCCCUCUUCCGUGUUCUUGGUGAAUUAUGGCCUCUUUUUGGAGGACGUCUUACUAAACCUGAGAGAGGAAAGUUAUUUUAUGUUCCUCAGCGACCCUAUAUGACCCUGGGAACACUGAGAGACCAAGUAAUCUAUCCAGAUGGGAAGGAGGAUCAGAAGAAGAGAGGGAUCUCUGAUCAGGUGCUGAAGGAGUACUUGGACAACGUGCAGUUGGGUCACAUCCUUGAGCGAGAAGGCGGCUGGGACAGUGUUCAGGACUGGAUGGAUGUGCUCAGCGGAGGAGAAAAACAAAGAAUGGCGAUGGCAAGAUUGUUUUAUCACAAACCCCAGUUUGCCAUUUUGGAUGAAUGCACAAGUGCGGUUAGUGUGGAUGUGGAGGACUACAUUUACAGUCACUGUCGAAAGGUUGGCAUCACCCUCUUUACUGUAUCACACAGAAAAUCCCUUUGGAAACACCAUGAGUACUACCUGCAUAUGGAUGGUAGAGGCAACUAUGAGUUCAAAAAGAUCACAGAAGAUACGGUUGAGUUCGGAUCAUAGAGACCAUCUCGAGAGCUUCACCUGCUUCAAAACGAGAUAACAAACAGAAUGCAUUUGUAAAUGCAACGUGCGUUGUAAAAUAAAGUUACGCUUGUUUUUUUUAAAAAAACAAAGCAACAAAUUGACUAGAUAUAGGAUAAUUGAAACAUGUUAAAACAUUUAAUAUUGUAUAGGAUAUUGCUAAUUGUGUAUAUGUCGGUUUAAUUAUUAAUUAUGUACUAAGAAUGUCCUUAUUCUUGUGGUUAAAAAACCUGCCUGAAUUAAAUUGGGCUUCAAUCAGUGUAACCUGAUUCAUCCUGGGAUGUAAACCAUUUGAAGUCAGCUAAUUUGACUUUUAUGGCUCUGUCUUGUUCUUUAAUGAAGAACCCUAUUUAAAACUGGGGUCCUAGCUGUUCUAUUCUAACAAUGUAGUCUUGAGUUUCAUUUCUUGUGCCCCAUGGUAGUGGGAACCAAACCAAUCACAAUGUUUUAUUGAAACAUAUUCCAUCAUUACAGGAAUAAUAGCAUUUAUUACACAGUGGCGGAUUUCUUUAGCUGCUACAUUUAUUCUCAUUCCUCACACUUGCCUUGAAGUGCAUUGGACUCCAGGAGAGCCAUUUGGAUUUUCUUCAGCUAAACAAUAAGUGUACCUGUCUCAGUCUGUUGGACUGAGUCGUUUUGAAGGUUCUCGUGAUGUACAACAGAGUGUAUGCAGUUGUGCUUACAGCCUGUGGUUAUUACACGUUGUACCAGUCUUACCAGUGUUUGGAAUGUUCAGACACAACCCUCCUGUGUGAAGCUCAAGGUCUUAGGAGAAUUUUGAAUUUUGUGAAGAGAUGGUCAGCCUCAUCAGAAGUGUGGUUGUGUAAAUGGUGAGCGCCAUGUGACUGUAGGUGCACUAACUGAAGUCAUGUACUGAGCAUGCAACGCCACCGCCCUCCUUGACUGUGGUUUCAGUUUGUAAAACUGCUGAGCAUUAUCAUAAACAUGGGCGGAUGACAUUUCCUAGGAACUGUCUCUGACUCCGGGACAACUGCUUCUGGAUCAGCUCUGGCUCCCAGGAACCAUUAGUGACUAACGGUGGUCUCCACAAAGGAGGGCUGAGAGCGGAUGUGAUGAUCAUAAGUAGUCGUGAAAUCAGUUUGAUUGAGUGGGCUCUGACAGGGGCGUUUGAUGGUCUUGUUUCUUCAUAACUCAAUCACUAGCUACCAAGAUAACCCUGAUGUAUUGAUUCCAUAAAUACAUCACAUUUUCUACCAUGUCUCCUCAGUAAACUUGUGUACUUAUUUUCUGUUCAGAUUAAAAAAAAAUGAUAACCUCCA